UCAUGUCUUGCCUUCUCCAUUCCUUGCAACUCAAAGCUCUCCUACUUCAUAGUUUUGUUCUCUUCCAUGCUUCAUCCUUCAGUUGGUGUCUAUCACCCACCAAUCCAACCCUUUCUCCCCAUGCCAACCUAACAACGGACUUUGGCAGGAUCAUCUACAACUACCCAAAUGAAGCAUUCCAGCCCCAAAGCCCACAAGACAUCUCCCAACUCCUGAAGUCCAUCUCCUCUUCUCCAAACCGCAACAAUGUAACAGUAGCUGCAAGAGGUGUAGGCCAUUCAACCUAUGGCCAAGCACAAGCCCUCAACGGCAUCGUUAUCGGCAUGCGAAGCCUGACUCCCUACAUUCAGAUUGGCGAAGCACAAUUGGUCGCAAGCAAAAACAGCACCUUCUACGUUGAUGCUGGAGGGGGAGCUCUGUGGAUUGAAGUGCUAAAGGAGACCAUGAAACAUGGUCUCACCCCAAGAUCAUGGACCGACUACUUGUAUCUAACUGUUGGCGGAACACUCUCAAAUGCUGGUAUUAGUGGGCAAGCAUACAAGUAUGGGCCUCAAAUAGCCAAUGUUAUGGAAGUGGAUGUUGUCACAGGUAAAGGAGAUAUAGUUACAUGCUCUGAGAUGGAGAAUUCAGACCUCUUCUAUGGCGUCUUGGGAGGACUAGGGCAGUUUGGGAUCAUAACCAGAGCAAGGAUUGUAUUAGAACCUGCUCCUCGAAGAGUUAAAUGGGCCAGGGUACCAUAUGAUGAUUUCAACCAAUUCACAGCAGAUGAAGAGCAGUUAAUCAAAUUGGGAGAUGUGAACUACCUUGAGGGAUUCAUUACGUUCAAAGAUAAUAGCCCAUCAAAUGUGUACUACACGUUAGAGUUUGCUAUUUAUUAUAAUGAUGAGGGUGAUGCUCAAAAGACUUUGGAUCGAGUACUGUCACAAUUGAAUUUCUCGAUGUCGAUGCCAAAUAUCACGGAUGUCUCGUAUUUUGACUUCCUCAACCGGGUAAAAGCAGAGGAGGAAAGCCUGAGGAAAAAAGGUUUGUGGGAGGUUCCUCACCCAUGGCUGACCUUAUUCGUGCCAAGGAAUCAAAUAGGGAGGUUCAAAGACCUCCUCCUUCGAACCACAUUGGAAGCUAAUACUCCAAUUGCUGGCCCUAUAAUCAUAUAUCCAACUCUGAAAGACAAAUGGAAUCAGAACAUGUCAGCUGUGCUACCACAAGCUAACUCAGAGGAGAACGUUUUUUACGCGGUGAGCGUGCUCCGAUCUUCACCUCCAUCUUGUACUCCUGGCUCUCCUUGUCUUGAAUCAUUCCUCAACCAGAACCAGAAGAUCAUUGAGGUUGCAACUGCAGAACCAACUACAAACAAGGCAACGGCAACGGUAGAUGCGACGGCUAGAAAAACAAAGACACCCAUGAGUCAUCCGAGAGCUGAGAUUAUUCAGAAGACUGAGUCGAUGCGCAUGGAGGUGAGGACAGAGGCUGGUGAUGAAGGUGGAAUGGGAGCAAAGCAGUACCUGCCAUACUACAAGGAUCAGAAUGGGUGGAGGCUCCAUUUUGGUGAGAAAUGGGGGAGGUUUGAGGAGCUAAAGUCCAGAUUUGAUCCUCUGAAUAUUUUGGCUCCUGGUCAGAGGAUUUUUCAGAGGAAGCCUUUGGAGGGUUAG